AAAUUGCUAUACACGUUUGCAAUUUAUGCAAAAGUACAUAAAAAUCAUAUCGUCUGUAAAAUUAAAACAUUAAAUGUAAUAUAAAGCAUGAAGUAAGCGUAAUUACACGACGAAUCGUGUGGCGCGUAGUUUUUAGGUCAGCGCAUGUGCAGCACGGCAACACGUGAAUCCCCUCCCCUUUCCCCGUUUGCCGAUCGCUAGCAAAACUGCAGCUGCCUUACGGUCAACAGUCAGUGUCUGCUGGAAAGCGCUCGGGUUAAGGUCUAGUUUUUCGUUGUGUGGAACGCGCAGCUGGAUAAUCUCGUCUGUCAGUUUGGCACGCACAGCUGUUGUGUAGUGUGUACCAAAAGUGUAGUGUAAUACAAAUACACAUAGUUUUUCGCAUUGUAUACGAUUUGUUUUACACGCGGUAAUUUCCAAUUACUAUCAAAUUUACAUCGGUAUAACUUUCGACUCCAUGUGCGACGAGAUAUAUUAGAGUGGCUAUGAAAAAUAAGUGAAAACCACGAGAGCAGCAAGGAUCGUUGAAUUAUUUUUUCAUCAUCGUUCGUUGGAUGUGCCACCAGAUCGUUUCUCUCAUUGUCGUUCAUUAACAUUCGGGUUAUCAUCUCGAAAGGAUACAGCCUAUAUUUCACGAAUAGCAGCUUCGAGCUUUUUUUUUUUGCACGAUAUUCGCCGGUAUAUAUAUAUAUAUAUAUAUAUUUGUCGAGAAUCAUGACCGAGACACCGAAAGUGAAUUUCGCAGUCGGGAACGAAGUGUCUCGACAUGUCUUCAAAAGUAGUUUCGCGCGUUCUUUCGUGACCAAAUGCCAUGGCUCGAAAUCGCUCGAUUACGAGUUGCUCAACGAUACGGACACCGACAGUAUAGAGACCAUCGACGACAAUUACUAUUCCCUAGUCAAUCUGGAAACAGCGAGCGUCAUCGUGGACUAUGUCCUCGGCAAGGACAAUCCGGAAACGGACGAGUCCGUGCAAUUCGCAGAGGAUGCCAAAGAGGUGGAGAAGCUUAAAAAACAAUGCCAGUCACUGGUCGAGGAGAAUCGAAAACUUCAGGACGCAUUAACAGCCAGUCAAAUACCUCAGGUAGUAAUCGACAGCGUUUUCCUCCAGACGCAGGUCGACACGUUACAAUGGCAAAUGAAACAGAUAGAAACGAACAAACAGAUGUACCGUUCGCUGAUGGAGGAGGUGGUGCACUUCUUGGACCGGGCUCGCAAGAGCCUGGACAUUCUUCACGCGAAGAGUAGUCACAAGGAUAAGAGUUUAGCGGGACGAGUUCUACGUAGUCGUAGUGUUUACGCUGUUGACGCGGAUUCCUCGCCGAAUCGUGCCACGUCAGCCUCCCCGACUCCGUCCACCUCCCGUUUCGCCAGGGUAAAAUCGUCCGGGCAGAUCUCGUACACCAGCAACCUGCGUGAGUUCACCCUUUGGUCAUUGUUUCGCCGAACAGAUUCAGCGCGUUCUACCCCACCGCGCAAAAAGGAGCCACAGGAGCAUCUCAACAAAACGUACGACAGUAUAACUUACAAAAGGCCCGAGCUCGACCCGGACGAGGUACCGCCUGAGAAACUGUCCCAAGAAGCCUUCAGAUUGAUGAGAACCGUUCAGUCAUUGCUCUCGAUGAGAGAGCCGGACCUGGCCAGGGUCUCGUCGACGGAGACCAGCGAGUCCUCUCCGUCGCCAGUGGACCAUCGUCUUGACGGCGACACCCACAACGACGAGGUGAAUUUGCAGAACGACUUGCGAGACUCGGCGAGAUACGACAGACGUUCCAGCUGCGAAAACGAGUCGAACAGCACUGAGAGCAGCACCUCGCCAAAGAUCGCCAUCGUCGAGGUCAAUGAAAACUCGGAAGACCUCGGCAAAACCGCCGAGAAAGAGGUUCAACUCUCGAACGGUAACUGCUGCAACGGAUCCACGAUAACGGAUCACGACCUUGUCUCGAGCGCGCCAGCAUCCACGUCCACGCCGUAUAAAUGCGAGAAAAAGGAGGAGGAGGAUAAGUCAACGCCAGCUGUCAGCGUGAGCAGUGUCGAGGAUGAGAGUGGGUUCUCUUCAAUGGGCUCUCAGGAAGUUGGCUUGCUCAAUGCACUGCCGAUCUCUCCUAUGAUAAAAGGUUGUCACACAGAGGUGGGCUUGCCGAAGGUGCCACUGGGGAGGAACAGACAUCGUAAAUGGUCUUCCUCCACUAUGGCCGAAAUUCAGAAUCUCCUUAAGAGACAGCGCAAUAGCCUGACCACCACUAAAGUGACCGCCGAAUCGUUAAGCGUGUGGGUUUAAAAUGAUUCCACGCACAAUACUCGCGUAAGGUAUUUUCUAAAAUAUGCUGAAUGUAUGCUCUCCGAUGAAUGCACGUGGUACACUGACACGUGAACAAAGGAACGAACGAACAGAUGAUAGAAUGCAGUAUUGAUACAGUGUAAUUCAUUUUUGCGAAGACUGCUUUCGAAAUGUCUCCCCGAUCCAGGCGUUGACAUUUUUUUUCCCCUUUUUUUUUAUUUAUCUGUUUUCGUUCGGAAGACUUUUAACUUUAAGGAAACUUGUAAAAUAAUUUAUUGGCAAAUGCCACGCGAGUGUAAUCGAUAUUUUAGUUUGAAAAUUUUUCUCUUUUGCUAAUUUUCUACGAAUGAUCCAGCGCAUUCUAUAUACGGAACAUUAAUUUGUUUAGAGUUUCUUAUUUGGACGUUUAACACGUAAUGUAUGAAUGCAUUUAACACUUUUACACGUAUUGGGAAAAAGAGUACAUAAUUUCUCACAGUUAUGUGCGUAAGAUUUUGUAAAAAUUGACUUUACCGAAAUUAUUUUAACAGUCACUAUUGACGAUUGAUUGCGUACAUUGCGUGCUCAAUUGAGCGUUUUAUAUUUUGACAUGUUAAAAAUAUUCUAAACAGUUUCACGUUUCCAGUUUCCGAAAUUGUUUAAUUUGCCUUUGCACGUAUUACUGCGCUGUAAAUUGUAACCUUUUUAUGGAUUUGUAUAUAAAGAAAUAAAAAAUA